AUGGACCGUCAGGUCAACACCGCAAUACGACUUGCCUAUCAACUUGAUAGCUAUAUACAAGCCGGCCACCUUCACGCCGACGAGUUUGACGCUGACACCCGAGCGAGGAUCGCGCUCCUGCUGAGUCAGCAUCCAAAACCCCACCUUCCUAAAUCAGAAGACCCGUUCCCAUCAGACUGGCCCAUUGACAGGCCCGCUUUACAUAAAGCAACCACAGCUUUUCUCAAGGCUGCAAGCUCUAUUGUCAUCGAGAGCACAUCACUAGACACUGCUACAGACCCUAAGAGACCACUUGGCCCCAAAACCAGAGGCAGCUAUCACAACAUUGCAUCAAAGCUCUUCCCCGCCAAACCCAAGUCUAGAAAGACAAGAUCAAGCCUCAUUAGGACUAGUCUCCCUCCUAACACCUUUGGGCGAUAA